UUCCCUUUCCCUCAUUUUCGCGCCUCCCCCCUUCCCCUUUCCUCUCUGAUCCGCGCCUCUCCACCAUCUCUUCGUCCCCACCACCGCCGUUUGCCCACGCCGCUCCCUUCCACUUACCUAUGUCCCCCACGCUCUUCUCUCUCUUCUUCACAAGCAAAACGCUAGUUAACCCCCUAUAAAUAUUUGCUUCCUAAUCUGCUUAAAGGGGGAUUUUUUUUUGGAUUCAUGAAAUUUCCCAAGAACUAGGUAAUAUUGAGUUCUUCAGCCGCUGAAUUAGUUUGUUUUUUUAGCAGUCAUAAUAUCGAUUAAUAUCGAAAAAAACAUACCAGACGUUUUUUUCCUUUUUUUUUUACUGCUUCGAAUCCAAGUGAUACCAACUCGGAAGUUCGUGGUGUUUCGAGGUAGAUCGGAGACUCAAAGCCUCACUUCGCUGCACCCGAAGAAGGUAUGAAGAGAAGAUAUGAAGAGAAGCCUUCAGCGAAGAGUCAGAAUGUGAAGAAAAAUGGUCGCUAUAGUAGAGAAGAAAAGCUCAAUAGAAACCCCUCUCCAAGUGCCUCAGAUGAUUCAGGAGAAGAAAACUCAGAGAUAGCUUCGGAGGAAGAAGCGGAAGCACAAAAUGAGGAAGAAGAUGUUAUGGCUUAUAAGGAGCCAACAAUGUAUGAUAGUUUGUUGGAGUCGUUGAGGACGAAACGAGGAGAAUAUAACACAGACUCAGAAGAAAGUGGAGACAAUGUUGAGGAAGCUCAUGGUGCCUCUGAUGAUGGCAAUGAAGGUAGUGAUAGUGAUGCUUCUAGACUUAGCGAACCUGGUGCUAGUCUACAUCAAGGUGGUUUGGGAAACCCUGUGGGACGGAUUGGAGGUACUGAAACUGACGAUGACAAUUCAGAGGCUUCUGGUUCAGAUGAAGAACAAGAAUUGAGAGUAAAUGGUCAACCUACAAGAGGCGCUUGUGCAAGCACAAGCUCAUUUCACUCUCAUUUGGAUCACAAGUUAUCCAAAGAAGAGGUCGACAGGCUAGAGAAAAAGAAAUGGACUUACAAAUGGGUGGUAGCCAUGUCAAAUCACAAGUGGAGGGGUACAGGCGAGUGUUUUCUGAAGUGCUCAGGCCUGUCUCCAUAUUCAGCUGUUGUAGAUCUUCAUUCCUUCAUCUCUUAUGAUUUGGGCAAAAGGUCUGUUAGCUACGUUCAAGUAGUAUGAAUCUGGUAAAUAAUUAAAUAGCGGUCUUUGAUUUUCUUUAAUAGUUUAAUUCACAUCGUUGCAAAAUUGACAUCUGGAUUGCUGGAGCAUCUUAUAUCUUUGCUAGACCUAACGUCCAAUGUAGUGGCAAAUUUGGGCGAUAAAUCUAUAGUGUAUUUUGUCGUCCAAAUUGUUUGAAAGUGGUAUCCUGCUUAACAUCUUCUUCUAGGAUUUAGUUGUGUAUUUUUCAAAAGGAACAGAAAAAAGUUCAUGGACAGUGCUGUUGCAGGUGGCUGAUAACUAUGUUAACUGAUAGAGAUUCCGCUUCGUUCCGGGUUUCUUUAGGAUUGUAAUUCAAUUUUCAUCUUGCAUCUGGCUUUCUGAUAGAGAUUCCGCUUCGUUCUGGGUUUCUUUAGGAUUGUAAUUCAAUUUUCAUUUUGCAUCUGGCUUUUAUUAGUAGGCGCAUUAUCGCAGUAGAAUUUCUUGUGCUAUGAUUUCUGCUAUUAUCUGUUAUUUCCUGUACUUUGAUUAUUCUAUCUUAUCUGUGUCGCUUUCGUUAUUUGCAUUUCCAUAUCGCUUUGAAUUUCUUAGCCUAUCUGACCUCUUUUUAUGAUUUUCAUUGAGCCGAGGGUCUUUCGGAAACAGCCGUUCUACCUUGGUAGGAGUAAGGUCUGCGUACACUCUACCCUCCCC